AUGCUGGGCAUCAGCCUCGACUCCCAAGCCUUCCGCGACCAUCUGGACCGGAUUCAUCCACCGGACCAGCGCUUCCCUUGCAGCACAAAAACCUUCCCAGGGACUCUCUUCCACAACUACACCACGUUGGGCAUAAGCUACAGCUUCGACGAGAAGCAGACAGGGGGCGAUCUUGUCCUGGCUGCCAUUCAUCUCUACAACGACGGCAUUUCGGGCUACUCGAGAUACGCCUUGGAAGACGUAUUUCCGUUACCCUACGGUUUACGGAUGGAUCUGACGGGGCAGGAAAUUGUUGCGCUCCUUGAUGAACCCACGAGCAAGGAGAAGUACCCGAAGUGCUGCGUUGUUUAUGACAAUCUAGGGAUUCAGAUAGACCUCGCGGCGAAGGAUUGGGAAGAUCCGAACUGCAAAAUCGAGUGCUUUACCGUCUAUUCGACAUGA